UCUCCCUGGUACCGCCCCCCUUCGUUCGCCGUGCCCGCGCCGCCAUUCGGGGCCGGCAGGGGGCGCGGGGCGGCGGAAGCGGCGCGGUUCCCAGGUAACGGCGGCGGGGCCGAUUCCGGGGCGAUGAGCGGCGCAGGCGGACGGCGGCUGGUGCUCCACGUGGACCUGAACAACACGGUGGUUGCGGCGGACACGGUGUCGGGGCAGGGCCCGCGCGCGGCGCUCAACACCUUCCUCACCACCGUCACCUGGGGCCGCCCCGGGGCCGCCGGCGAGUGGCAGUGGGCGAGCGACCGGCCCUCCCUGACCGCCCCCUGCCCCGGUGCCCGCAGCUACUACAGCCGCCACGGCCGGGACCCCGCCUUCACCGAGGCGGAACCGGGCCGGUACUUCGGCAGCCUCCACGCUCGCCACCUGCAGCUGCUGGAGUGGCCGGGCCGGCCGGACGACGUCUUCUCGGUCCAAGGGGAAGACGGCAAGAGCUACCACCUGAUCCUGCCCGCCUUCUUCCGCCUCCUGGACACCCUGCACCGGGAGCAGAGGGUGUUCGCCAUCAUCUUUAGGUCCUUCGGCACAGACCUGCCCCGCGCCCUCCGGGCCGUCGGCUGCGCCCUGGCCGGGCAGCACCCCCGGUUCCCUGCCCUGCGGGACGUGGCACUCCCUGUGGACCUCACCCCUGGCCAGAUACGCUGCAGCAAGCGCGAAGUGGUGCUGACAAGGGGAGCAGAGCGAUUGGCCACCCGAGAAGAUGGAAGAAAACUUUAUGACUACUUGAGCUCCUUUGAGGGAAUUGGAGGCUUCCAAGACCACUUUGACUGGUGGGCCAGAAAUAAGUUCUCUUCCCGGGGUGGGAAGCCCCUGUGGAUCGACCCUCACGAUCCCAGUGUUCACCACAUCUUCAUAGAUGACAAUAUCCGCCUGGAUGAUGCGGACACCAUUGUUCAUCCCCAGGUGUUUUCGGAGCGGGGAAGCAGCACCCCCAGACACGCUCCAACCUCGGAGCUGUACGAUGUUUGCCUGGUGCAGACCAACCUGCUGGAGGCCAUUGCUGAUGAGGACUAUUUCCUGCGCUGCGUGAGGAGGUGUGAGGAGAACUAUGACCGCUACCUGGCCUGCAUGGAGAAGGACACCCCGACCUAGCAGUGGG